AGGCUCAGAUAUGAUACGGGGGCGAUGGCGCCGCGCAUGCUGUUCCUGCUGCUGGCGGCCGCCCUGGCCCCAACCCAGACCGGCGCGGGCUCGCACUCGCUAAGGAAUUUCUACACCAUCGAGUCCCGGCCUGGCCUCGGGGAGCCCCGUUUUAUUAUCGUCGGAUACGUGGACGACACGCAGUUAGUGCGCUACGACAGCGACGCGGAGACUCCCAGAUAUGAGCCGCGGGCGCCUUGGCUGGAGGGGGAAGAGACGGAGUAUUGGGAGAGGAACACACGGAAAGCCAAGGACAGCGAGCAGAUUUUCCGAGUGAGCCUGAAGACCCUGAUCCGCUACUACAACCAGAGCGCCGGCGGCUCUCACACCAUCCAGCUUAUGUGUGGCUGUGAUAUGGGGUCUGACGGGCGCCUCCUCCGCGGGUACCAUCAGUACGCCUACAAUGGCGAUGAUUACAUCUCCCUAAACGAGGAUUUGAUGACGUGGACGGAGGCGGACAAGGCGGCGCAGCUCUCCCAGCGCAAGUUACAGGAGGCUGGUGCUACAGACAGAUACAGGGCCUACCUGAAGGGCGAGUGCCUGCAGUGGCUCCGCAGACACCUGGAGAAAGGCAAAGACACGCUGCUGCGCACAGACCCCCCAAAGACACAUGUGACCCGUCAUCCUGGACCUAAGGGUGAUGUCACCCUGAGGUGCUGGGCCCUGGGCUUCUACCCUGCUGACAUCACCCUGACCUGGCUGAGGGAGGAGGAAGAACAGACUCAGGACAUGGAACUGGUGGAGACCAGACCUUCUGGGGAUGGAACCUUCCAGAAGUGGGCAGCUGUGGUGGUGCCUUCUGGGGAGGAACAGAAGUACACAUGCCAUGUGCAACAUGAGGGGCUGCCUGAGCCCAUGACCCUGAGAUGGGAGCCUCCUCAGUCCACUGUCCCCAUCAUGGCAGUCAUUGCUGUCCUGGUUCUCCUUGGAGCUCUGACCAUCAUUGGAGCUGUGGUGGCUGUGGUGAGGAAGAGGAGGAGAAAUGCAGGUGGAAAAGGAGGGAACUAUGAUCCAGCUCCAGCAUGAAGACAGCUGCCUGGCAUGGACAGACUGACAGACAAUGUGUUCAGGCGUCUCCUGUGACAUCCAGAGACCCUCAGUUCACUCUCAGCAACAGUGUCUGAUGUUCCCUGUGAUCCUAUGGGCUCCAUGUGGAGAACUGGGAGCCCAGCCCAGCCCUGCACACCAGGACCCUGUCCCUGCACUGCCUGUGAUCCCUUCCAUGAUCAACCCUCCUGUUCCAGCACAGAGGAGGGGAC